AUGUCUGCGUGUGAUGUGAUGCAAGUACAAUAUCAAGUAUCGACUCCCCAGUCAACUAUCGCGGCGGAUGUAGCACAACAUUAUAUACCGCCUCCGCCUUAUUUUGCUGCCGUUGGUUGUUCAAGUGAGCCACAAUGCCGUCGCAGGAAGUAUGCUUGGUGGUGUUGCGGCUGUGGAGCCCUAGCGGCCGCUCUCGGUGGACUCCUCGCAGCACAGCAUAUUCUCCUCCGAGCAUACACAGCAUCACCACAUCACUUGGAGACUGUACCUGCUGCGGUUCCAGCAGCUAUGUUGGUGUUAACAGGAGUGUGUAUAAUGAGUCUGGCUCGUCGGAGGAACAGAUACAGCUACAUGAUCAAAGUUGUGGGCGCUUGUUGUUUGGUCUGCGCACUCACGUGUGUGUUGGUGACAAUAACUACUACGGUUAUACACAUGAAUAAACUACAAACCCUCAAGUUCUGUGAGUACACCAAGUUGACCAGAACAUGUACCUGUUUCUCAAUGUCUCCGGACAGUCACACCAGCGAUGAUGAUGGUGUCCGCUGUGUGUUCGAGGGCGUGUCUGACUGCGGCGUGGUUCACGGCGCGUUGUACUGGUGUCUGCGCGGAGUGUUCGCGCUGUCCGUGUCCGCGGUGCUCGUGUGCAUCUUCAGCUGCAUGCUGGCCUAUCAAUUGUUGAGGUGA